ACGCUACAAAUCAAGUUCGUCCAAUGUUUACGUCGCGUGCGCUAAUGCAGCACCAUGCAGGAGGUGUUUUAGAAAAGUUAAGGUCAGUAAAUCAAGUGCUCCGACUUGCUUCAUCUUUCGAUAAGUGUGAUGUGUCUUUUCGGGAAAAAUGUGCGUGCGGUGUUUUAUCAGACUGCUGGUCUUAAGUGUUAUUAUAAUCUCCAGGAAUCAAGCAUGCAGUCACUGUACAUCGAAACAUCUCGCUUCAGCGAACCCGAAAUACGCUUUGAGUUCCAAGUCGAUGCCCGGAAAAGAUCUUGGCGUGAGCUAUCAGAAGAAGUACGCAGAUAAUGGAAAGUAUCUGACCGGUAGUAAAUCACCUUAUGCCAAACUCAGCAGAGUUAACUCCGACCUGGAUUAUGAGCACGACGAUUUGCGAGGAAUGCGACGAGAAAGUGUUGUGGGACGCAAAAGGAGCUCAACUGAGUGGAGUGGAUACGGUUCGAACGAGGCUCAUUAUGACUCAUUUUCCAGUGCGAAAAAAUUGCAGAAAAGUCGUUCUGGUGGUGAUUCUGGGAUUGGUAUAGAUAAGAUUCGUUCCUACCUCCUGGAGCAACAAAAAAAUCGUUUGGGGCCCGUGUCCGUUGAAACCAGUCGAGAAAAGACCAGUCCAUACGUUGGGGCGGAUCGAAAUAGAGACCAUUCCUACUGGGAAACAUCUCGCUCUCGCACUGAAGCAAACCCGGACAGGAUUGCCUCCAAUUUGGAACCGGUUAAGGUUGGUCAAAAAAAGAGUGGAUAUGGAACCGUCGAUCAAAUGGGUAGUCGGACACAGAUGAGUAAAGACAAGAAUUUCAAAAUCACAUUUGCCGAUUCUGAAGAGUACCAGCCUCCGGUAAAAAAUAAGCAGUAUCAAAAUGGUUUUGAUCAGGGGUUGGGUCAGAAAAAGUAUCGAAUAUCGGAAGGGUCGGAUGAGCAGGAUGAGAAUAUAUUGCAAACGCUGGGCGAGAAGGAAUAUAAAGGCUACAGGAAAUCGGAUGUCAUGGAGAAAGGCACUCUUGGUAAGUCAUCUCGCCAAUAUGAAUCCAAACAAAGGCAAUUAGAAGCAGAACUCAGCAAAGAAUUGAAUUAUAGAAAGAGUUUAGUCGAUGAGCCCAUCGAGAGAGAAGACACCUUUGAGGAUAAUAUACUAGGAGCGAUUCCUAAGAAAUCUACGGCUGUACCUCUAGAAGAUGUAGAUGAUUAUUUAACCGACUCGGAGGCCGAAAACAUUUUAGACAAUUUAGAAUACGAUCCGCACGAUGUGAGGAGUCCAAACGAACAUUUGCCAGUUCGAGAAUCCAAAGGGAGCAGUGAAAUAAAUUACAGAGACUUCCUGCAGCAAGUCGAGAAAGUUUACAAGAUUUUGAGAAAUUCAGUCGCACGUGAAGCCAAAAAUUCGGACGACCCUGAUCCCUACAUUUCGAGCCCGGGGAACAGAGUCAACCUCCCCUACUCGAAGGACCAACUGGAAACUCAAAGUCUGCAGAGCUCAGUGUCCAAACGUCCUACCGGUGACAAAAGACGGGGAAAUUAUUAUGAUUAUGAAUUAGAGGAAUACCCUGAUAAGCCAAAGAAACUAGGAUCGGACUGGGAGGCAGGAUCAGGAUCUGAUUUCAGGAAACAAGGUGACAUCCGGAAUUCCAGGCCCUAUCCCGAAAGUUAUUACUCGAACCCGGAAACAGACACAGACUUGAGAUACACCAAUAGCAACUAUCGAAAAUCUGAAGUUAGUCGUGAGCCGCCUGUGAUCAAAAGCUCAAAGCGCAGACCGGUAGCUCAGGAAUACUCGAGGCCCAGGGCAGAAUACAGUUCUCAACGGAGUCCCAAGUAUAGUACAAACCCCGAAUCCCUACAGGCAACAGGUUUGUCACGCCAAGUUGCCACGGGGAAAGAGUAUUCAGAAUCGGACUAUCCGGAACAUACCAGGAGGGGAUAUCCGCACCAGGACAACUUAGCUUCUCCGAGAUGCAAAUUUGAGGACUUGAACCCUUCGAAGGAGGCUGUUUCCGACGAGGAGGACCGAAAUAUUCAGUUCCGGAGUUCUCAGCGGAAGUCUGGCAACAAAGCAGGCACUUAUGACCUCGGCGCCACCGGAAACCAAAACAUCAACAAGAACGUAAACGCCGCCAGACAAGACCAAAACAUCGCUGAAGAAAGCUUGAAACCGGCGAUGUACGAAGGCCAGCUUAAUGAAAUGACCGAGCCGACACGCGUGGGGAAUUCAAAGCAGGACCGAAAUUCACCAGACUCGAAUACGAAAUCUGAAAAUGUAUAUGGCAUCACAGGCAGCAAAUCACCUGUUGAUGCCACGAGUAACAUACAUUCAGAACCUAAUGAAAAAAUGUCGUAUAGUCCAACUGAUAAAAAAGCAACGGGGGAAACAUUAAAUCAAGGGGACUACUCUCAAACUGCGUCAGAUAUUACCGCGCACCCCCGCAUUUCAUCGAAUCUUGAUGAUUCGAAAUUAACAGAAAUUCAAAGCUCUCUCAAAGCGGAUUGGGAGGAAAUUACGGGUGAAGCUCAGUGCAAAACAGGAACGUGUGCGAAGUCCAAAGCGGUUGUCACCCCUGAUCAAUUCCAAGACGGAAAAACGGAAAAAAAUGAGACUGAAGGAGAAAGCGAGACUGGUGCUUCUGAUAAAGCAGGAUGUGGUGACCUUUUCCGCUGCCUGGCGGAAAUGGGUCAGACGUGGAUCACGCAGAACAAACCGGAAACGGAAACGAAAGCGACGGAUGAAGUUGGUGCUGUUAAGCGUGUUUUGCAGACAAGCCCAGUCAUAGGAACCAGAAAUGAAGCCCCGAAUAGUCAUGGUUUUGCACGGGAUGCUGCCAGCGGUGGGACCAGCGAUGUCAGUUUAAUCGGAAGUCCAAAUGCUGCGAAAGCAUCUGCUUCGAACUACGUUCAGGAUCAUCCUUUUUACGAAUUAGUCACCAGUAUUAUAGACGCAGCACAAGAAGCGACUAAACGACGUCUUGUGGAAGAAAAGCGUGCCAAGUUGACGUAUCAUCCUGAGAAGACGGUCCAGGCUCCACAUGUCCCGACCGAAAGUCAGAGACCGCCAGAAUUUCCGAGUGCGGCUCAAAAAGUUGGCGUAGGGAUGAAACUUGCCAGUGCGCCGGGAAAUAAAAAAUCAGUGGGAAAGUCGAUUCCCUCGGUCGGGAGUGGGAAGGGGGCUACCUCCGAAAAACGAAUGAUCGGGAACGGGAAAACGAAAAACAUCAUCGGAAAUCCUAAACUCGGCAAGUCUGGGGCUGUCGGAAAUGAUUUCUGGAGCAAGCUGAAGAUGUCUGUACCGCAAAAAAGUUCAAACGUGGCACAGGGAAAGAAAUCAGUGAAACCGGAAAUCACCGGCAAAGCUAAGAGUGUCGGUAGCUCUGGACCGAGUAAGGACACGGGGCCGUCAUCGAAAAGCGACAAAAAUGUGGGGAAAGUUGGAGCUGUAAGAAAAGUUACUUUUACACCGGUGAGCCUAAAAGCACCGGUUACCCAAGUUACAGCUGCCCCAACUUCCAGUCCAAAAGUCGAGCAGAAAAGUCAAGCCGAUUCUAACGCCCAAAGUCAGAGGAAUGACCCUAAAACUGUCGGAGUGCCAUCGAAGAGUCGAAGUCCUGUGUCAAAAGUACAGAAUGCGUCUCCCACCACGUCAUCUUCGGGCUCUAACGUCAAACGAUACCCUGCUAGCGGAUGAAUGCAACAAGCAAAUCAUCUCAGAAGAUAGGCGAUACAACGGAAAGUGUGGUCUACGAACAAGCUAAGCAAGUACCCAGACAAGUAUAAGGAGUUUGCAUCAAUGCGCCGACGAGGUUGUUCUUUAUCAUUUGGAGAAAAUAUCGUUAUUCGCCGCCGAUUAUAUCGGUAAAUGUACUUUACAGUAAGUUUGCAACAAGAUGUCGAAGCAAGUUUGCAGCAAGGUGGUGUAUCAAACUCACUAAAUAUUAUCGUAAGCUUACUGCACCCUUGCUAUAAAAUUCUUAUUCGAAACUAUUCUUUAUGUAAUGGUAAGCUAGCAGCAAGAAUUAAUUUGCCUGGGGCAAACCAAAAAUUACCUUGUUUUACAGCUGAAAAUUGAGCUUAGAAAUUCUUUGCAUCCAGCCUCAAACAUUAUCGGAGUAAAAAUUGUAUCGAUGUCUUAUUGGAAGUUUGACGUUGGCUGCUUGUCAAACAUAAAUCCAACUAUCUUUCUGCAAGAGCAAGGAAAAUUGUCCCGCUUUUCGUAAAAUUGCAGAAAACUUGCAGCAAACUAACGAUUGCAAACUUAUUCGCCAAGCUGUUUGAAAUAUUCUAACAAGAUUCAUUUUUGUUCAGCAAACUCUCUGCAAGUUUUAUGUACCUACCUACGUUGCUUAUUUUGUAAGAUUGCAAAACACUGUUAGUGAGAUUCCAAUCUAACCCUAAAAAUCGUCUCUCUCCCAAUCUUUUUAUUCUAUUGAGAAACGCAGUUUAAUGGUGAGACCUCAAUCAUACAUGAACCUAGCUGCAAGUCGGUGUGCUAACUAGGUUUCAGCAUCGUAUCUCACAGUCAUGAUUAACACAAAUUGAUAAUCACAGUGUAUUAGGACGUAGACGUUAUCGCUUUCAUAGAUAGUUUUCUAAUGCGAAGUUCCGUUUUCUAAUUUUUAUAUCAGUACAUCAAUUUCAUCGGACAAAACCGUUAUUGGGCUUUGUUCUCGCUGGUGAAAUGAAUGUAUAACCGCGAUAUGACCUCUGGAUGCAAUGCAGACCAAUCAUUGACGCUAAAAACUAUGAGCCAAAAACUAAAUAAUUAGAAACUAUGACUGCGCUCGAGAGUCUUAGCCUGCCCCUACUCUCACUGGACCCUGGGACAAUCGGUCAAAUAAACCGAUUACCAUACCACUUAGUUUAUAUUAACAUUGGAUUUUUUUUUAUCAGAAAUAACAAAUAGGACUGAAUUAAGUUAUUUUGGAUCUAUUGUCCAUAUCUUUUCUACUUUUUUAUUAAUACAUUUUGUAAAAACUUUUCA